UCUUUUUUUCAUAAGGGUCCCAAACUACACCGAGAUUUGGAAUAUUACGUUAUAGUCCUACAGGAAGAUGGCGACUGUCAUUCAUAAUCCUUUGAAAUCGCUUGGCGACCAGUUCUAUAAGGAGGCCAUCGAACACUGUAGGAACUACAAUGCCCGACUCUGUGCAGAGCGCAGCGUGCGCAUGCCCUUCUUGGACUCACAAACCGGUGUGGCACAGAACAACUGUUACAUCUGGAUGGAAAAGCACCAACGUCAGCCAGGCCAGGCAGCAGGACAGAUGUAUACCUACCCCGCUCGUUGCUGGAGAAAGAAGAGGCGACUCCACCCUCCCCUGGAUCCCCAGCUCCGCCUGUGUGAGCUUCGACUAGAAGCAGAACUGGCCCCAAAGCGUGAGGGAGCACCAGGGGAGGCCACAGCCCUGGAGGCCCUACUAAGGGGGGACAACCUGCUGGAGAAAAAAAACAACCUCAGUAAGGAAGAGGAGACAUUGCUAGAAAUACAGAGAGUACUUGAGGCAGAGGAAAAUGGGGAUGGCUUCCAUGACGAUGAAGACUUUGAACUCGAUACUCCGAAGAGAAAGAACAGAAACAGAGGCAAAAACCGAGGCUCGAGCCGCAGAAGGGCAGAAGCCGUUAACAUCGAGGACCAGGAUAAACCUUAUGUCUGUGACAAUAGAUACAAACAAAAGUAUAACUCAAAAAAGGCUGAAGAAGUGUGUGGAAAGCGCUACAAGAACCGGCCUGGCCUGAGCUACCAUUACACACACACUCACCUGGCAGAGGAGGAGGGAGAAGAGGAGAAGGAACCAGAGAUGGCUCCAUCUUCUCCUCAGAGUUCAGAGAACCAUAAACCUCAAAAGGGCCCUGAUGGUGCUGUUAUCCCCAACGACUACUGUGACUUCUGCCUGGGAGACCAGGACUCCAACAGGAAAACAGGACAAGCAGAGGAGCUGGUGUCCUGCUCUGACUGCGGACGUUCUGGUCAUCCGACAUGUCUGCAGUUCACUGAGAACAUGAUGCAGGCCGUCAGGACAUACCAGUGGCAGUGCAUCGAGUGCAAGUCCUGCAGCCUCUGUGGCACCUCAGAAAAUGAUGACCAGCUGCUGUUCUGCGAUGACUGUGACAGAGGAUACCACAUGUACUGCCUGAAGCCACCGAUGACCCAGCCUCCUGAAGGAAGCUGGAGCUGUCACUUGUGUUUGGACUUGUUAAAAGACAAGGCCUCAGCCUAUGGAGAAGCAUAAAGGACACCCUGGACAUUUUUUAAAGCACAUGUAAACACAAUAUAUAUAUAUAUUUGUACAGAUGCACUUACUGUUUGACAUAUACUUUCUCCCAGAUACAACCCAACACACACACAUACACACACACACACAAUACCCACAUAUACACAGAUACACACUCCGGUGCAUUAGCAGGCUCAGGGCAGUUUCCUGUGUGAGGCUCAGAGAUCCUCUACCUCUCAUAAAGCCAAGCAACACUCACAGAUGCAAAUGCCAUACGCCAUCUUAAGCGUAAGUCAGCUAACAGCAGAUCUGCUGUUCCCUCGUUUCUCUACCUCACCUCUCAGCAGACAGCAAAAAGCCAAAGCAAGAUUGAUAAUGGCCAAUACGGUGUAGAACAUGUGCAUGUGAAGUACACGUUUAUUUUAACUGCAUUUCUGCAUGUUUUCCCCCCUGAUUUAUUUGAGUAUGAUUUGGAAGGUGUUUCUCCUAGAGUAUUUGCUGAAGCUGCAUCACUUCCUUCCCUUGUAGCUUAAGUUCUCCAGUGGGGGAACCUUGAGUGAGUUUGACUAAUGUUUGUUUAGAUUUCUCCUUCCAGCUCUACUCCUCUGCUAUGUUUAGACUUUACAGUGACAUUCCCACUUUACAUCUGGACAGACUCAGUAUUAGUUAUGCCAUCUUUCACAGGUUUUGUCAAGCUUGGUGAAAUUUAUAUCCUGCGCUAAGAGGAAAUGGGGCGAUAAAACAGCCUCCACUAUCAUUCCCUUUGGAGCGUAGUGACUUUAUAUCCACGUCUGUUUUUCUGUAUUCGUUCAGUUACCAGGAUACUGUGGUGCUCAGUAGGACACCUUACUAAUGGUGUAAUACUUUUAAAAGUAGAAUAAAAAAAUUAUUCAUCUAAAUGUCAUCUGUAAAUCAGUGGUUCCCAAACUUUUUCUAUCUCCUACUUCCCAGCCAAGUUAUAGACUGAUUGCAUUUUAUUAAAUAAAUACCUGAAAUUUCUCAUUAAAAAUACAACUUUAUGUCUUCAGUGAACUAAGAAUACAACUUCAUACUUUAUUUGACUGACAUGUCAAUGAGCCAGAGCUACAGGUUUUCUUCUCAGUAAAUUUUGACAUUAACCUGAAUAUCGUUAGCCUAGCUAGCAUCAGAGCCCACUUUUGUUCUUUAAACAAUUCCUUAUUAAUCCCUGUUUUUUAUAGUUAAUUUGAAGUGAAUGCUUGCAGUGGUAGAUUCACAUAUCACAGUUUAAACAAUUUGUUUUCCUACACUUUCAUUGAAUUUGGUUUUUGUCUGAAAAAAUAACUUCACUAGCAGCUUUUGCUAGCCAGCUAUUUCAUGCUAACUCCAUGAGUUGAUUGAACGUUUUAAGCUAUUCAGCUGACUCAUUUUAAAGGAAAAAACACCAUAAAAAGGGUUUAAUCAAUACCAUCAUGCCUACAAAGCCACAACUAAAACACUGAGGCUAAGCUAUCAACUUUUCGACUUUUUUUCACAACAUCCAUUUUGACAUAGAAGGUAAAAGGAUAUGUUACUAAUGACAAUAAUGAACAUCUUCUAUUUAGGAGCAAGGCUUAAUUAAUGUAAUUUCUAAACCUGUGUUUGCCUACUGGUUCAUGUCAAAAUGACUUCUGUGAAAAAGGUUCAAUAACUAGCAUUGUGAUUUUAGCCUCUAACCAUACAUCAUAUUGCUAAUUGGAGAUUGAACAUAACUCUUCAUCAGACAGCAAUCCAAUCCAUUUCUUAUCAUACUCAAGUCUUUCAGUGUUGCCUGUCCGGUUAAGUGCUUAGAAGUCCAAUGCUGUGGACUGGUCAGCAGUAAGUAGUUGCUCUUUCUAAGCUUUGAUGGAACAGCCUUUAUUUUUUGAAAAAUGUUCAGCUUUUAUUGUUUCACUCUACACUAUCCAUACAUACACAGGUAUUUUGAUAAACAUAGCCUUUUCUAUGCAUUUUGACCUUUCGUCCAAUGUAAACUGCACUUCCGGGCACUGAAAAUGGGAGCUUCUUCCAGGGUGAAGAUUUUCAAAAAGUCACGUUUCUUAGUUUCUUUCCAGAUUUUUGUCUCGCAGUGGCAAAGUUGUACACUCUUAUCAUCUUUUUUGAUAUCAGACUGUGCUUUCUGCUUCUGCUAGUUUUUUUAGGCUCCAUAUUGUCUAACAUUUCUAUAAGGUCAGGUUUAUACCAUCACCUGUUGCUUUGGAAGCAUGCUCUUUCAUUUGGGUGAAGACAUCUUUCAAAAUGAACAUCCAUAUAGAGGGCCUUUCCAACAGUUUGGGAACCACUCAUGUAAAUUUUCCAAUGCAAUGUGUUUAUAAUGAAACCUUCAUACAUUAUUAUCUCUCAAGGAAGCAGCAUAUACUGUUGUGUCCUGUGUUUUGUAUGCAGUUAAAAACAGAAUAUAUUCUGGGAGUGCUGCAUUUGUACAGCUGUGUGAAUAAGGUUAAUGUUUACUUGGUUCCAUGUUAGACUGAGCACUAAAAUCUGUGAAAAUUGUUUAUAUUAUGAAAAAAAGUUGACUCUCAAAAGCGAAACACCUCAAGAGAAGAAAUGAGAAAAAGAGAAAAUGAUCCUCAAAGUACACAUAGUGUGCUUCUCCUGACAGGAUAUCACAUUUUGCAUUUGUGUUUUGUGUUAUUAUGUGUUUGUAUUUGAUAACACGUUUCCACUGACAAUCAUGAGGUAGCAUAGACACAUUAUUAACACACUGAGGGUUUCACUGUGCUUUUCUCUGGUGAGUUUUCAAUGUCAUUUGCGUCUUCCUUACACAAAUGUCAUGUACGGUGUUUUUGGGUGGGGAAGAGGGGGUGAUGCCAUCAACUACAGUGAUCCAAAUGUGUGAUGUUUUGUUAAAAUAAAUGUUUCAUUAUUGUGUUAAAAUAAAGAGCUUGAUUCUU